AAGUGUCGCUUCGUGCCGUAUAUSUUCGAUCACCACUGAACCAAAGGUUGCUGGUUUGGACUGGUCUACCAUACACRAGAUUGGAAGACAUACAACAAUGCGAAGAUGGUCGUUCMUAUCAYCUCAGGCGAACGGGGAGGGCGGUGAAGCAGCUGCCGAUCGGGACGAGGCAAAUGACGGGAAAAAAUUGCACCAUUAUUUGCAAGACCCAGAAGAAAACGGAGUUGAUUGCUACCAGAGUUGUGAUUAUUGGACACACGAGGACCCGUUGCCAUCUGUCCCAUCAUCGUCGUCGUCUAUCUCACUGCCGAAUGGUCCCGGAAGCGGCCUGUCGCGAAGGGGGCAGAAAGCCGCGACGAUUUCGGCUUGCUUUCUCAAGGACUACGAGCGAGGCCACCCGCCAACGCUGUCGAGCGACUUUUCCGGCAUCACCCGACGCCAGUUGCUGCUCUACCGCGUCAAGCACUCGUUCCACUGGAACAUCUUUGGUCUGUGGCUCGCCACCGCUUUGUUGUUCGUCCCUUCCUUCCGUGSGAGGGCAGCGACGCUGUUCUUGCACGCGUACGCAAUUCUGGCCUUUKCGGCGGACUUGUACAUGGUGGACCAGUUUCGCUGCGAGGACACCGAGCGGGAAUCGAAUCGGUGGCCCUUGGGUGCGGCGGAUCGACCGGGGAGACUUUUGUUUKGUUGCAUGGAAGGGUUCCUGUUCCUGAUGGGUCUCCAAACGAUCGCGAACGCAAUUGUUCCAAACAACACCGUGGUGCACGCAUUUACCCUUGCGGUUUCGGUCUUGAAGCCCCUCGUCUUUUUCUACCAAAGCAGGCGGGCGAGAGACGCCCUUGAAGCACUCAUCCGAAUUUCAAAGAAGCUGCUGCGUGUCAUUUUGAUCGAAAUGUUCUUGAUAUUGACUUUCGCGGCAGUGGCCUGUCGUCUCUAUUACAACUACGACAGCUUCCAAACRCUGCCKCAAGCUUGGUUAUCACUAUUUGCCCGUGAGUAUCUUGAUGGUUCAUUGUGCGACCUUUAGAAAUUGGUUUGCCCAGAUUUGCCGCGAUCAUCUUGCUGGCCUAUCUCACAAUUUUUUCAAAAAUGCAUACACUGYAGUAUCUACAACCGUGGUCAACCCAAGCAUAUGGAUGCCUGCGUACAAUGAAUCUCCCUGGAACGCAGUCUUUUUUGUCAUCUUCAUCGUCGUUAGUAUUUUUUACCUGCAUUCUUUGGUAUUGUCGGUUGUCUUUCAGGUGUUUAUUCAAUCUGCAACCGAAGUCCAYCGCCAAUCYGCCACGGACAAGGAGAACUCGCUGAAACUAGCAUUUCUUGCGCUGACCUCGGCCAGAGGCAAUGCUUCCAAGACCUUGGGCGACAAAAACUUUUCACCCGAUAAAAAUGCAUUGGUAGAUGUGCGGUUGAUUUGCGAGGCCUUUCGAUUGCUGAGGCCUCACUACGGCCAACAGAAAUUGAACGUUCUGACGGACAUUAUACUCCCUCCGAAUUCGGAAGGUGGCAACGAAGCCACGCAACACAACGGGCGAAAUGGCGAGGAAAAAGACCGCAGCAACAAACACAACAUAGACUUUACGGAGUUCCGAAGYAGAAUACUGCAGGCCCUGAACUCAUCGGUUCGCACCACGAGGACCCACAGCACCGAGGGGAUGGCCGUGGAACUCUUGUCCAUUACGGUGUCGAUCGUGAAUUUUCUCUACGUGAUGAUCUUCGCGUCGCGCAUGCGUCCCCGUGAGGAGAGCACCGACAGUGAGUUUAUAAUAGGAAGUGUCAUAACCCUACUCACACUUUGCGAGGUCUCUUUGCGCUAUAAUCCGUGGCAAUUCUCGAACAGAAUCAAUCCAAUCACCCGGCUCAACGCCGUAUUGGAUGGAAUGGGAUGCCUCGGCGGAAUUGUGUCAUUUUGUGGUACGUAUCGUGCAGAGAAUUUCGUUGCGGACCCGUCAACGUUGAUCUGAAGGAWAGAAAUUGACCUCAUAAAACUUUGUAUCGCUCUUACUCAUACCGUUGUGCACUAUACUCUAUGGAACCUGGAAACAAUUGGAUAGGCAUAGUCGUCUUUUUAUGUGGCAACGAAAUUGGGUUGGAAUAUCUUUUGRUCGGUCGAGCGAUUGGUAUGAUUCAAAGCAUGCGAUUCUCUAUUUGGUUCCGGGAAGUGCUCCAGAGRUCGCUGUACGUACUGCCCUUUCUUGCCGGCCCGAUUCUUCUUAUUUUGACGGCAAUGCAUGUCUUUGUAUGCAUCGGAAUGGCGUUAUGGGAAGGGGCUGUAGAUACGGAAGAGCAAGCAUCCAACGAAAACGUAGAAUAUCUCUACUAUCUCAACAACUUCAAUUCGUACGCCGAGGGAUGCAUAACUGUAUUCAACGUGCUUGUCGUGAAUGAUUGGCACCAGAUUGCUAAGUAAGUACACUUAGGUUCUUGAAUGGUCCGGGCUCGAAUUCUUAUCUCACAUUGGUCCUUAUUCUUUCCUGGUGUUUUGCACAGUGUAUUUCUCUACGGAAACAGGUGCUCGAGCCCGUUUGUUGUAUAUCUAUACUUUGUGAUGCUUGUCAUCGUUGCGGUCUGCAUUUUGUUGAAUGUUAUUGUUGCUUUCUUCGUCGAAAGUAAGUCCAGUUUGUCGAAAGGUAUCUAAUGAUUUUUACCUGGAUAUCUUUUUCCCUCACAAUAUUUGUUGCAGCUUUUGUCACUCAGCUGAACCUGGUGGAUGUGGAAAGUGACUCGGUGAAUAGCGACGUAAAAGUUCGUAUCGACGAGUCUACCCCCGCAAUGCAACCGACUGAUAUGUCUACACACAUUGCUCCCAUUGCUAAAUCGUGGAUUUUUGAUUCCAGCGACCUGAAGAAGACCAGCGUGAGAUCGCUCAGCUGUCCGAAUACCGGUGUGAAGACCGACUACGAUGUUAUUCGAAGAGAAGGAUUUGACGACAUUAUGCAAUCGGUCGGAAACGACGAGGRCAAACAAUUCGAAGACUUUGCAAGAGACCUUCUCGGUGCACUGGAACUGGUUCGCGCUUUGACACCGGAUAGGUGCGUUCGCUUUGUCUCGUCGGUGACGCCUGGCAUAGUAUUACGGUAAUAUUGACUUAUGUUAUAUUCUACUCAAACGUUGAAUUGUUUUGAAUUUUUGUGCUCGGAUGAAGCAGAAACAUCGGACAUCUGCUUUGUUGCCACCAAAAGGGAAUUCAAUUUCAAUCGAGCGGUUUUUCUCUUCUCACAAAAGACUAUAUUCCUGGGAACRAGGGGAUUGAAUCCAUCGUUGCAGAAACCAAAGACGCGCUGUUAAACAAUGCGAACUCAUCCGGUCGAGUGGGAAGRUACAUUCCAAAUCCAAAUAAUGAUUCGAAAGUACUGCAAAUUGAUGGUGCACUGUUGCCACAGAACAAUGAAGUACUGAUGCUGACAGCAAUYGAAAAGAAACUAGAGAACUGACAGGGAAGGAAUUCUGAACCAUGGGGGAGUGGAAAUGGGCUACGAAAAAAUCAAAAUGCUGUACCAUU